GUUGCCAUCAUAUAAGAUUGUCGUCUGCGUACAGCUUCAGUACACUUUGUUGCAGCUCAGCUCAGGAACGAAGCGCCAAUCACAUCAUUAGUCUGCAGUUGUUAUUCAAAUGGCAAGAUGGAAGAAGAACGGUGGCAGCUAUUGGUGGAGGAACAACAACGGAAUCACCAUGACAGCAAACGGAGAAAAAGAUGCAGGUCAGCCAAUGCUGGGUUGGACCGAGGAUCAGGAAGACGAUUAUUAUCUCAGACCUGGUUUGAGGUUCGCCCUAGCCAGAGAAAAGAAGCAGGAUCGCUGUCUAGCCAUCUUGACGUUUGUAGCUUUCUUUAUGCUUGUCGUCAUUGGCACCUGCAUUAUAGUUCUCACAACCAGGCACUAUGUGAAGCCAUGCACAGUAUGUGAUUCGGUGGAGAGUGCAAUGAACUUGAGCGUGGAUCCAUGCCAGGACUUCUACGAGUAUACCUGUGGUAACUGGGUUGCCAAUGUGAAAGUACCAGAAGGAUACUCCAAGUGGGGAACGUUUGGAGAAGUCUACAGCCGGAAUAACGAUUUACUUUUAAAGCUUCUUGCAGAGGAGGGAUAUGAAUACAAUGGAAAUCACAGCGAAGCCCUGAGAAAAGCUAAGAACUACUACCAUGCAUGUAUGAAUGUGACAGCCAUUGAAGAAGCAGGUUCAGCACCACUGAAACAGUUGUUGAACCAGCUUGGUGGCUGGAGCAUCCUACCACGGAACACACCUGGUAUCGUCGACUGGGAUGAAACCUCAUUUGACCUCACCCGAGACUUGACAUCCAUCCAUCUUAAAGAUGGGUCUCCUCUCUUCGAUAUGGGAAUUGCUCCCGAUGAGAAGAAUUCCAGUGUCGGGAUCAUACAGUUCGUCCAGGAUGGCAUAGGCUUCAAUGCAAUUGAGCUCUACUCCGAUAAUGUCACAACUCAUGAGGAGGCAUACGCUGCACUGGGAGCCAAAGUGGUCUUGCUUCUCUCUCUCGCUGACGAUGAAAGUGUAGUCUUAGAAAAUAUAACAAGCCAUUCCAGUUAUGCACCUGCCUUAGAAAGAAUGAGAAAUAUAGUCGAGUUUGAAGCUAAUAUCAGUAAAAUAUACAUGCCUAAAAAUCUUGUCAGAGACCCGUCCAAAACAUACACAAAAGUUACUGUGAAAGAGUUUGCUGAUAUAAUUCCUCAAAUCAAUAUGACCUAUUACCUGAAUGAGAUGUUUGCUACCGCAAUAUCUCCAGACCGGAAAAUAUUAGUACCUACCUUCUCCUAUUUUGUCAAGUUGAACGAUCUUCUGAAGCAAACUGACAAAAGAACUCUUGCUGACUACCUGACCUGGAAUGCAGUCAAACCCACCCUCAGGUUCCUCCCUAAGAUCUAUGAAGACAUCAUUCUGAAGUACAGCAGCGUCUUCAGUGGUUCCAACACCACUGUCCCUCUAUGGCAAAAGUGCCUGCAGAGAACCGACAAUACAUUCACGUUUGUGACGGGAGCCCUCUUUGUUAGAGAGGUUGUCACUCCACAGCUCAAGAAUGAGACCCAGGACCUGAUCCAUUACAUACAAGAUGCCUUCAUAGGAAACCUACCCAAUGUGACUUGGAUGGAUGAUGCGACUAAAGAGGCUGCAGAAGAGAAAGCUUAUGCAAUCAAACCUAAGAUAGGAUUCCCAGAUUGGAUCGAAGACACUGUCCAGUUAGAUGCGUACUUCAAAGAUAUAAACAUAACAGCAACUAGCGUAUUCCAGAAUGCCAUGAAUGUCGGGCAUUAUUCUCUGCUAUACUUGAGAGACCUUCUUGAUAAACCGGUUGACAAGAAUGAAUGGCACAUGGGACCAUCAGAGGUGAAUGCUUACUACUCAGCAACAUUCAAUGAGAUAGUCUUCCCUUCCGGUAUACUCCAGGCUCCAUUCUAUGAUGUAUCACGACCAAUGUCAAUGAACUUUGGUGGUAUUGGGAUGGUGAUGGGUCAUGAGUUGACCCAUGGUUUUGACAACCACGGUCGUGAGUUUGACAAGGAUGGGAACUUGAGGGACUGGUGGGGUAACGCCUCGGCUGUAGCCUAUAAGAACAAGACAGACUGUAUGGUAGACCAGUACUCAAGCUACAAGAUUGGGGAUAAACAUGUGGAUGGUGUGUUCACACUGGGUGAAAACAUUGCAGAUAACGGCGGUCUGAAGCUUGCAUACCAGGCCUACCAGCAGUGGCGUGAGACGUUCAACGACACCAUGGGUCUGCUGAGUGGUCUAGGUAUGUCUCAGGAUCAGCUCUUCUUCGUGGGCUUCAGCCAGGUCUGGUGUUCCUACGCUACUCCUCAGAGUGCGGAGAUGUCCAUCCUGACUGAUACUCAUACUGCCGAGAAGUUCAGGGUUAAUGGUGCUGUAUCAAACAUGCCAGUAUUUUCAGAUGUCUUCAACUGUCCAUCUGGGACUCCAAUGAACCCGAAAAAGAAAUGUGAAGUUUGGUGAACGACAACAAGCUGAAGUAUCGCCUAUAUCAAAGAGAGUCUAAGAGAGCUUUAGAAAAUAAAUGUGCAAGCAAAGUAUAGUGUCCUUUUGCUUUGGAAAAAGGGUAUAUUCUACCAAUUUGUGUAUUAGACUUCCAUUUUAUGGUUAUAGUUAGACUUUUACACUGUAAGUGUGUGAACACAUUGACUCCUGGAAUCGGGUGGUUCCUGUAUUAAGCCUAUAGGAAUUAAACAAUUCAGGAGUCAAUGGGUUAAAAUCAUAUACAUUGAAAUAAUGAUAUCAUCUGUUGAAAGCUAGAAGGGCACUAUCUCAUACUUUUUUUUAACAUAGAUUUAAUGCCCUUUUAGCUCUCAAUGGUCUGUUUGCAAUGUCAUAUAUUAAGGAGUGGAGAUGAUUGACUAUGAAUUUCUACUUAGUAUUAUUAUGAAUCAAAUUAACAGCUUUAUUUUCAAGAAUUCAAACCACCCUAUUGACCAUCGCCUUAUGAAAAAUAUAUUGUCAUGAUCAUGUUUACGAUGCCACCAAGUUUAUAAAAAUGUUUCACAACGCAAGUUUGUAAAAUAUGUUAUCGAUCACAGUGCCUUUUUCCAUUGUUCAUCUUAUUACAUCGAAUUCCAUCAUUCCAAAUCAUGAAACUUCUGAAUAUCUAGAAGAAGAACAAAUUUUUCUUUGUCUAAGAAUAUUGUAGUUGUAAUGUAAUUCAUAUUUAAUACCUCUAUUACCUAUGAUGAAGCAGAAGUGCCAAACAGGAACUUGCUUUAUGAGUUUAAGAGUAUUAUGAAUGAAUUAUGGUAUGUAAUGUACACAGAAAUAAACAAAAAGUUGGUUUGCACAACAGUUUUUGUGUAAUUCUAGCUUUGCAUUCGGUUGUAAAAUCUCAUGUAUAUUUUGGGGAUUUUAAAGAGUUGAAGUAAUGAUUUCUUUUCCAGAUUUUCACCUUACAUUACACUGAUAAAACAGUACUAUGUCAAAGAGUGUUUUUUUAUAUUCUAUAUUGAAUGACAAUCGUAACAAAAUGAUAUUUACAGACAGAAAUAGUGUGCCUUUAUAUUUCUGUAGUUAACAUUGUUGCAUGAUUUACAACGAAAUGAAUUUUAUUUUGAAACUAUCUGUAUGAUGGGGGGAUAGUUUACAUCUUAAGAUUAGUUUAAUUAUGCUCUGUGUUUAAAGUUUAAAUGUAUAGGCCAAAGCAAAUGUCUACGUAUUCUUUGUGUAGUCAUUUAGAUUGAAGUAAAAUUAGUCUAUGUUGUAGAUUUUGUUAUCUAUGAAUACAUGUAGCUUUAUCACUAAAGUUUUUUUGUAUGUGUGUUUGCUGUGUUUUAAUUAACCAGCUCAAAGUAUUUUCAACAAAUAUCAAAAUUUUAAGAAAGAAA